CCCGACGACCCACCGACGAGUCCCCGACGACCGACCGACGAGUCCCCGACGACCCACCGACGAGUCCCCGAGGUCUCGCGGUGGAUCGAACCUCCUCGUGUCGCUCCGUGUUUUGCGUCACUCUCCUGAUCAGAUUUCUUAAAUAGUAUCAAAUAUUAAUAAAACGAAAGUGUGUUGAGGGAUCACGUUCUGCCGAACACACCAGGAGACACAAGCAAUUGGAACAUGUCCACUGUGCUGGACGAGACGGCAGCGGACGUCCCGGUCAGAGACAUCACCGUCCACCUGUCCCGCCUGGCAGCUGCUGCACAAGACUCGUUGGUUUAUAAAAAUGCUCGGGCGCGGCAGGACAUCGGUCGGGUGUCCAGGGAGGAGCUUGAGGACCGGUUCCUGCGCCUCCACGAGGAGACGCUGCUCCUCAAACAGCACGUUAACAACCAAGACGACAAGAUCAGGAAACUGGGCACCAAGCUGAUGAGGCUGGUGAAGGACCGUGGUCGGAUGGAGCAGCUGGCGGCGGGCAGCACCAGGCCAGUCUCCAGGGUCCGGGACUUGGAGAUGGAGGAGAUGUUGGAGGAGCUCCAGGAGAAGGUGCGGGCACUGCAGGCCGAAAACGAGGGGCUUAAGAGGCGUCUGCUCUUGGCAAAACAGCAGCUGGUGAACUCAAAGGCACGGAGGCCUCCGCCGUACCGAUACGUCCAUUCGCGGGUCAAUUCGGGGCUGAGAAAGCUGAGAGACGACUCGCCGCCGCCGCCCCUACGACCAAAGAGCGAGUCUCAGAUGCUGAGAGGAACUAGGAGUCCGGAGGAAAGUGCGAGGCCUCCUGCGCUCGGACAGCUGCCCCGGUACGGACACAGUCUGCUGGAGGAGGCCCGGGCCGAGAUCCGCAACCUAGAGAACGUGAUCGAGUCUCAGCAGAGCCACAUGGAGGAGGCGGAGGCGGCGUCGGAGCAGCUGAGGGAGGUGCUGAGGAGGAAGGAGGCAGAACAUGAGGAGAGACUCCUGCAGGUCCGACAGCAGCAGACCACCAGACUCAGGUCACAUGUGAGCGACAGCGUGGCGAUGAUCAAGCAGCAGAAGCAGCUGGCGGACCGGUCCAACAGUGUGGCCGAGCUGCAGGGUCGAUUCCUCCAGCUGCAGGAGCCGAGGCCAGAAAACUUCAUCUUCAUCUUCAUCCAUGGUCUCAUCUGCUGUUCAACUGUUAUUGUUACAGGAAGUCAGCGGACUCUGACGGUCAGUCACGAUGCAGCGAUGCUGAAGGUGGACGAGCUGUCGGCUCAGCUCAAAGUGGAGAGGCUGAAGAGUCUUGACGUGGAGAAACGGCUGCAGCGCUCCAACAUCUCCCACAUCCAGAUGGAGCAGCUGCAGCAGCAGAUCAGUGAACUGCAGCAGGAGAAAGAUCUGCUGAUGGAGAACAACCAGCAGCUGGUGAACAGAGCCUUCGACCUGUCUCAGCAACAGAAGUAUCAGAUCCAGGAGCAGCAGCUGAAAUUACAGAUCUCUCAGCUGGAGACGGCGCUGAAAGCCGACCUCGUCGACAAGAACCAGAUCCUCGACAGAAUCAAGGCUGAGAGGGAUGUAACUGAGAAGCUGACAGAAGAAAACAAGAAGCUUCAGAUCCAGUUUCUGGAGCAGAAGCAACAAACGGAGGAACUUGCCGAUCGUCUCAAGUUCUACAGCAGAGAGAACGAGGUGGAAGCAGCUGAACUGACUGAGGCUCUGCUGCUCGUCAAGACGCGUCGGUCCCAGCGCAGUGGGGACCUGGUCUUCCUGAACGCUCUGGAGGACCCGGACGCCGUCUCGGUCCGAGAGCUGCGAGCGGCUCACGCUGAAACCAUCCAGGAGCUGGAGAAGACCAGGAACAUCCUGAGCACGGAGAGCAAGAUCAGCAGGAACUACAAGGUGGAGCUGGAAGCCGUCGUACUGAAGAUGAACAGUGACAAAGUGGAGUAUGAGCAGAAGCUGGAGCGUCAGGCUCAGCUGCUCGACACCAGGACAGCAAAGAUCAGGAAACUGGAAGCUCAGCUCAGAGACGUCGCCUACGGCACCAAAACGUUCGUCUUCAGACCGGACGUCGAGGACGAGGAGGAAUCAGACGACUUCGACGAGACUCGUCACCUGGAGCGAGGAGAAAACCUCCUGGAGCUUCAGAUCGUCAGCGCCUCGCUGUGUCCGUCUGCCCUGGAGGUGCUGGGCGACGGUGAGCCCUCCACCUUCUGCACCUACUCCUUCUACCUGUUCGAGCUGCACUCCACCCCCGUGGUGACAGGACACUCGCCCCGAUACGGCUUCACGUCCAAGUAUGUGGUGAGCGUGGACGAGCGCCUGCUGGACCACCUGCGCCGACACAACGUCACCGUGGAGCUGCACCAGAGUCGGGGUCUGGACUGGACCACGCUGGCCACCGCACAGCUGCCGCUGCAGCAGCUGCUGGAGCGGGACGGGAAGAUCCACGGGACGGUGCCGCUGGUCGGUCCGUCUGCUGACGGGACGCCCCCCGGUGGCUCCUCCCCCGUGGGCUCUCUGGAUUACUGGCUGAGGCUACGGAUCCCCAUGACACAAACCCUCCGCCUGUACAACGAGCGAGUGACGGCCGUGAGCUACCUCAGCUCCGCCCUGAGGGACGAGGCCCAGCCACAGCAGCCAAUCAGCAGCCAGAACCAGCUGUCAGUCACCGUUCAUCGCUGCGGUGACCUUCCGUCCAGAAGCUCCCGGCGGCCCAGUCCCUACGUGGUCUACAGGUUCUUUGACUCGUCCGACCACGCCACAGCCACCGUCCACGACAGCUGCGAGCCCCAGUUCCACGACCUGCGGUCCUACUCUGUCCCGACGGACUCGGGUCUGGACCGGUACCUGAGGACGGAGGCCCUGCACUUCUACGUGUUCGACUACAAAGAGGAGCAGAUGGACACGUACCUGGGGAAGGCCCGGGUUCCUCUGCUGCCGCUGGCUCAGGACGAGGCAAUCGCAGGACUGUUCGAGCUGAUCGAUCCCUCUGGACUCCCCGUGGGUCACAUACACCUGAGCCUGACGUGGACGACCACGUACCGCCCCCCGUCAGACGCCACCGCUAGAGACAUGGUCCCCGAGGAGGCGGAGCAAGAGCAGAGCGUGGACGAAGAGACAGGCGACAAAGUGACGAAGGACAAAGAUCUAGAAGAGAUACUGCAGGAGGAAGACAAACACGUUUCUGACUCGAAGGCCAGGCUGCCGAAACUGCGACAGAAGAGUCAAGUGACAGACGGACCCUCUGCCAGGAAGGUCACGUUCCAUGAUCCCUCAGCUGCAGACGAACAGCGUUUGCAGGUCGUGUCGGCGACCCGUGAGGAGGAAGAGGACAAUGAAGACGAGUCUCACUUCUCCGAGGGGCAGCUGCUCCCCGCCGCCCCCCGGUCCGACUCUGACGGUUCUGAAGUCUCAGAGGAAAUAAUCAACGAUGUGGAUCCGAGUGAGGAGGAGGAGUCGGACAGCGACGACUGCAUUGUGAACGGUCAGGCCUCAGGGAGGAGGCCCUCGGAGCGAGUGCAGGUGGAGGUGGUGUCUCUCAGCCUGAGGGCGGAGUCUCGUGUUGCCCGUGACGACAGCGUGAUGCGUCUGUACGUGGAGUUCUCCUUCCUGGACCUGCCCACAGAGGAGACGCCCUUGUCUCUGCCCAAACCCCCACCGGGCCGGAGCGUCAGCUUCAACUACAGCAAAGUGAUUCCUGUGGACGCGGAAGAGAACGGGGAGCGACGUCAGCUUCUGAGACAAGUCCUGCAGGGGAGGAUUCCUGAGCUCGAGAGGAUCCGCUUCACGGUGGUGAGUGAACCUCCAGAGGAGGAGGAGCAAGAGAGGGAGUGUGAGGACGUGGGCGUGGCCUAUCUGAGGAUCAACCACAUCCUGGAGACACGACAAGACCUGACGGACACCACACUGAAUGUGGUGGAUGUGCGUGACAACAGUGAGGUGCUCGGCAGCCUGACGGUGUCUGUUGAGGGACUGGAGGCUCUCCAGGCCGUCAUGGAGGACCAGGACCACAAGCACACACCCGUCUCCUUCCUGCUCCCGUCAGCGUGACAUCAGCUGCUGUGAUGUUAGCAGCUUUGACAUCAUCAGCUGGUGAAGUACGACAUGUAGCAGUGGACGGACGCUGCAGCAGAUCGUCUGCUUCACUGUGACGUUGUGAGGUCAGAGGUCACGACCUUUUGGCCGAAUGCUGGUCAGGUUCACAUGAAAAUGUGACAAAAACUGAUCAGAAACAUGAACAAACAUCAGUGAAGAGAAUGACCUCACAUGACAUGGAGGGGGCGGGGCUCACUCACUGACAUUAUUUCUUAUUUCUCAGACUCUGAGUUUGUUCAGUGUCUUGUGACUUUUAUUCACUUUCAUUUUUCCUCUGAUGUUUUGUGCUGUGAUGUUUUUUUAUGUUUGACCCUCUUAUUGUCAUUAAAGCCCCAGUGUGUAA